CCUCCCCUUCAGUCUUGCACAGGUGUACCGGCUCCUCCCCUUCAGUCUUGCACCGGUGUACCGGCUCCUCCCCUUCAGUCUUGCACAGGUGUACCAGCUCCUCCCCUUCAGUCUUGCACAGGUGUACCGGCUCCUCCCCUUCAGUCUUGCACAGGUGUACUGGCUCCUCCUCUUCAGUCUUGCACAGGUGUACUGGCUCCUCCCUUUCAGUCUUGCACAGGAGAAUACCGACUCCUCCCCUUCAGUCUUGCACAGGUGUACCGGCUCCUCCCCUUCAGUCUUGCACAGGUAUAUUGGCUCCUCCCCUUCAGUCUUGCACAGGUGUACCGGCUCCUCCCCUUCAGUCUUGCACAGGUGUACCGGCUCCUCCCCUUCAGUCUUGCGCAGGUGUAC